AUGGCGUCGUCAGCCUUGCUCCAAGCUUCCACGGCCUUCGCUCCAGUCUUCUCUCCGCUCCCGUACCGACUCCAGACCGCGCCACGGCUGCAUCUCCACGGCUCCCCCAACUGUCGCCGCGGCGUAUCACUCGCUGCUUCCUCCGCCGCGUCGCCGGAAGUCGAGAAAGAGUCGUCCCCCCCGUCCUCACCGCAGGAACCUCUGUCGGCUGUCACGGACAGUGUGAAGGUGCUCAAGAAGGCAGCCAAGACAAGGAAAGUACCUGCACCAGAAAUUCUCUCGGCGCUGUCCAAGAUCAAGAAGGCGAAACUUGACACAUCGACAUUCUUUGAGACACUUGGUGGUACUGAGUCUCCAGGCAGGACAUGGAUGCUUAUCUUCACUGCAAAGGGUCGGCUGGAUAAAGGACAGUAUUUUCCAGUGACUGCAGUCCAGCGCUUCGAUGCUGCGGGCAAACGGAUUGAGAAUGGCAUAUAUUUGGGCCCUAUUGGGUGCUUAACGUUUGAAGGGAGGUUGUCAUGGAAAAAGAAAAUACUCGCAUUCAUCUUCGAGCAGGUUCGCAUAAAGGUUGGACCAUUGGGUCCCCUAGAAAUCGGCUUUGGAAGCAGCAAUGAUGAUAGGGAACCCAGCACAAAGGACCCGUUCUUUGUUUGGUUUUAUGUUGAUGAGGAAAUCGCUGUUGCGCAAGGCAGAGGCGGUGGAGUAGCUUACUGGUGCAGAUGUCAGCGUGUCCCCUGA